AAGCCGCCAUCCAGCCAAGCAGGCGCCGGGGCGCCCCUCGGCGCGCACGUGCGCUGGCUGUGGCCAUUUCCCCGUCCCGCCGCGUCGUUGGCGCUGGCGCACGUUCUGAGGACCAUCGAGGCUUGGGCGCUGCCUGGUAGUCAGCUGGCUGAGCUGGGCCAGGGCAUGGACGCCGGGACGCAGACCAGGCCCGCGCCGGCGCCGCCGGAGGUCCUGCAGGCGAGGGUCGAGGAGCUGGUGGCGGAGAACGGGCGGCUGAGAGCCGAGGUGGAUCGGUGGCGGGAGGAGCGCGCCGAGGAGGCGGAGCUCGGGGAGAAGGGGGCCGCCGAGUACGCGGCCGAGCUGGCCAGGCUGAAGGCUGGCGUGGAGGGGCUCCGGUCGGAGCUCCGCGGCAGGCUGAAGGAGGAGGAGGCGAGGCGCUGGGAGGCAGCGGUCGCAGAGGCCAAGCGCGCCCUGCACGACCAGCAGGCGGAGGCCGCCAGAGCCGGGCGGGAGCUGACGGCGGCCAAGGCCGGCCUGGAGCUGCUCCGGCGCGGGGGCGCCGAGCACGCAGGCUCCGCCGAGGGGGACGAGGUGCGGGCGAGCCUCGAGCGCGCGGAGCGGCACGUGCAGGGCGCCGGGUGCGCGCUCGCCGAGGCCGUGCGCUGCCUCGCCGCGGGGCCUCAGGCGCGCGGGGCGCUGCGCACCAGCAGCCAGCGCCUGCUGCUGCAGCUGGCGGACGCCAGCUUGGCGGCGCAGGCCGCCAUCACCAGCAUGUCCGAGAGCGCGCAGGUGGCCUCGCGCAGCGGCUACCUGACGAGCUUGGAUGAGCUGCUGCCGCCGCCCUCCGAGGACCUCGCCGUGCUGCGGGAGGAGUCCGCUAAGGAGCUCCCGAGGAUGAUCGAGGAGUUCUCCCCCGGGAAAGCGGAGGAGCUGAAGCUGCGGCGGCUGGGCGAGGGUUUCCGGGAGAGGAGCGCCGGCUUCGUGGACGCGAUGGUGCACCAGCAGGCGUGGCCUCGGGAUGCCGCGGAGGUCGUGUACCAGCUCAGCUACAACGUCUUCUCCGUCCCGCUGGCGGCAGCGCUCCAGGCGCGCGACCGCCGGUACGCCGCCUCGACCCACCUGCUCCACCGGCUGGUCUGCGAGCACGUGAGCCGGCGCCGGGCCGCUGCCUCGGGGGCCGCCCCGCGGCUGUACAGGAACCUGACGGGCCAGACCAGCCUCGUCAGCGGCGACCCGGCCUGGGCCGCGCUGCAGCGGCCCGCCGACGCCACGGGCUUCCGGGGGCUCGUGUGCGGGGCCGUCGUGACGGGGUCCAACCACCCGUGCGACGUGACGCCCGCAGGCAUGGCGCCCAAGCUCGGCGAGGAGCACCAGCCGCAGGACUCCGACGUCGUCUGUUUCGAGAGCAGCGACCCAGACGCCUCGGGAAACCUCCACAGCGCGGUGAUGCUGAGCGACCACCUCGGCCUCUUCCCGCCCCACACCCUCUUCCGGGUGAAGAAGGUGCUGGGGCCGCCCUUUGACGCCUUCGUCGACGGCGGCACGACCGUGUCCGUGAACCAGCGCUGCUUCGUGGUGGCCCCCACGUUCCGCCCUGCCGCGGGCGGCGUGGAUGAGGCCGGCAGCAAGUUGACGGGCAGCGUCGCCACGUUGUCCUACGGCAGCUUGAAGGACUACGUGGCGGGCCCCGGAAGCCUGGCGGACAAGCCCGUGCUCACGAUGGAGAUGGAGUUCGGCCGUGCCCAGACGUGGACCGACUGGAAGGGCGUCUCCUACUCCCUGCAGGAGUGCUGGCAGUACGUCUGCGGCCCAGCCGAAGAGCGCGACGGCUGCACGCCCGGGACCCGCGACAGGGGCAAUUCCGGCGUGACGCCGAGCGGGUUCCGCGACCGCAUCUCGGGAAGAUCGCGGACCGCCGGCGCGAGGGCUGGGGCAGGGACCUCUCGGAGCUACGCGCUCCUGACGCACGAGGAGGUCCUCGCCGUCCGGCUGUACUCGGGGCCGGCGUACGACCCGCUGAACCGGUUCCUGCGGCAGGCGAGCCUCCUGUACGGGGAGAGCCGCCAGCUCUGCUCGGGACGUGGUGUUCACGUUCGCGGCAACUGUCGGCCACCUGCUCCACGCGGUGCGGAAGCUGGCCGCCGUCGCGACAGCGGAGGAGAGCGCCAGGCCGUUGUUCCGCGGCGUCCGCGGGGUCCUGCCCAGGGGGUUCUGGAUCCCUUCUCAGAGUGGCAUGAUCUGCGCCACGGACACUGCGUUCAUGAGCACGAGCAGAAACGAGCAGACGCCCAUUGACUAUCUGAAGGGCGGCGCCCUCGGCCGCGGGGCCAUCUUGCGGCCGUAUGGGACAUUUCUGGGCUUGGGUUUCCUG